AUGCAAUACUCCACUUUAGCCAUUUUAUCUAUUGCUGCUUCAGCUGCUCAAGCACUUAGCACUACCACCGUCGAGUCUCAAACCAUUGUUACUAUUACCUCAUGUGGAACUGAAGAAGGUACUAAAUGUCCAGCUCCACCAUCACCACCAACUACAACUCCAUGCGAAAACCCAGCUGCUCCUGGCACCCCAACUCCAGAAGCUCCAUGUGAAGGUGCUGACUGUACUCCAGCUGCUCCAGCUGAACCAGAAACCCCAGCUCCAGAAGCUCCAGCUGCACCAGAAACCCCAGCUGCCCCAGCUGAACCAGAAACUCCAGCUCCAGAAGCUCCAGCUGCACCAGAAACCCCAGCUGCCCCAGCUGAACCAGAAGCUCCAGCUCCAGAAGCUCCAGCUGCACCAGAAACCCCAGCCGCUCCAGCUGCUCCUGAAUCACCAGCUCCAGAAGCUCCAUGUGAAGGUGCUGACUGUACACCAGCUGCCCCAGCUCAACCAGAAACUCCAGCUCCAGAAGCUCCAGCUGCACCAGAAACUACUGUCCCAGAAGCUCCAUGUGAAGGUACCGACUGUACUCCAGCUCCAGAAGCUCCAACUGCACCAGAAACUACUGCCCCAGAAGCUCCAUGUGAAGGUACCGACUGUACUCCAGCUACUCCAACUACUCUUACUCCAGCUGUUCCACCUGUUGAAUCUGCUUCUUCCAAUGGCACUCAAACAUCUGAAAUUCCAACUUUCGAAGGUGCUGCUUCUAGACAAUUUGCUACUGGUUCUGUCGCUUUAGUUGUUGCUGCUUUAUUAGCUUUGUAA